AUGACAUUUUCUCCCCAGCGCCGUCACAGAUACAUCCAGCGUGUGCCCGAAGAUUUGGUGCAGAACACCGACACCUGGCAAGCAUUGGCGGCAAGCCUGCAAGGGUCUCACUUCAGCUCAACGCACGAAACGAUCCUGGGUGGCCCACGGGUGACCGUCGGGGAGCCAUACACAGCCCUUGAGUCCUUUGGCCUUGGAAUUCUUUUGGCUGAAGUCUGGCGCAAAGACCCGGACUCCGACGGCUUAACGCCCACGGCGGAGACGGCCGAGGGGCUCUGCGUCUUCCAGCUGCAGAGGAGCGGUGGCAAACCCGUUGGUCAGUUGCGUCAUUUCUCGGUUCUCUCCAUGGACAUCUUCGAGGAGGCACUGACGUCGGUGAAGAACUUGAUGCGGGUGGGGUACCUCCUGGUAGCUCCCGGACGGUCGGAGCAAUUUCGAUUUGCGGCCCUGCAGCGUUUGCGUUUCUUGCAUUCUGAGCUGCUGGACUUGGCCGACGGUGUACCAGAGGGUCCUCCUGUGGCAGUGGGAGCGCCCCUGGUACCCUCCCGAGCGGGGGAGGAGCUUCCAUCAGAGGAGGCACGCGCCUUGGCAGAGGCGAGUUCAAAGGCCGGCCCCCUGGCACCCCCUGCAGGGCUCAAGGCUGGCAUUGAGGAGAAGAAAGAGUCACCCAUAGAAGGAGUUGAGAGAGAGGGCGCUGCAGAGGCAUCAUCGGAGCUGAAGGCACAGGGGAAAGAGGCAGACCAUAAGAAAGACAAAAAGUCCAAGAAGAGCGAAAAGAAAAAGAACAAGGACAAGAAAAAGAGGCGAGAAAAAUCGCCUAGUGAAAAGAAGGCAGAUAGAGCGUCACGGUCGGAGGCUGGCGUUAAAGAGGAAGAGCCAGACUACUCUGACGGUACGGGCUUAGACGCCCCUCACAAAAGCCCUAGUCCAAAGUCAGAGCCCAAGGAGAAGAGACCCAGUCCGAGUUCAAGGCAAGCAGAAAAAACUCCCGAGAGAGGGAGUCGCCGGGAAAAGAGUUCCCCAGAAAGGACUGAGAGGAGGAAGGUCGUUUCUCCUGAGCGGAGGAGAUCUAAGAGGGAAGAAUCUCCCGAGAGAGGGAGGAGAAGAGAAGGCAGGGAGUCUCCUGAGAGUGGGAGAGCAAGAAGAGAAGGAAAGGCAUCUAGAAGGUCAGAGAGGGACGGUAGCCGGGCUCCUGAGAGGAGGGAGCGUGAGUCUCCAGGGCCAAAGCGAGAAGACAGGCCGAGGAGACGUGCAGAGGAGACGCCUUCACCCCGAAGAGAUCGCAGGGAGAGGGCAAGGUCUAGUGGCCACCAUAGACGCUCUGGAGGGCACUUGCCUCCUCCUGAGCCGGCAGUGCCACCAAGGCAAAAAGCUCCUGCAGGUCCACCUCCUGGUGAGUUUGGUGGCCCCUCGCCUUUUUGGGGACCAAGGCCAACUUGGGAGCAAAAGUCCAAGGGCAGGAAGAGAAGAGAGCGAAACGCAGAUAUCUGGGUGUACGGCCUUGACGAGUCAAGGAGAAGGGAAGACAUUGCGGAGCUCUACACAAAGGGGGAGCCUAUCGAUUCUCAUCUGGCUCCGCUUACGCUGCUGGAAAGGGGUCAUUGGCUGGUGUCUGAAAAAAGCACUUAUUUUGAAGAGGAGUGCAAGUGGGCUGGAAAGGUGGUUAGGGUCACUUUGGAAGGCGGUGAGGCUGAAGUUCAAGUGCAGUUGACAGGGACCCAGUGUGAGUCUCUUUUGAAGUAUGCUUCAGGUCAAAACCCUGCCGUGAUCCGGGCUCACCUUUGUAAGCCGGGCUGUGACCAGAAACGGGUUAACCCGGACUUAGUGCACCUCAGGUCUUUCAGGAGGUUGGAGGACGCUGCUGAGAAGUCGUGGGAAGUCAAUUUGGUUUCCGUCGACGAGAACGAGCCCCUGAGAAGAGCAGAGGAAGCAUGGAGCAGGAGGCAAAACGAAGGAGACGCGAGGAAAGAGGCUUCGUCGGUGUCAUCAAGCAGUCGAAAAAAGAAAAAGAAGAAGAAAAAAGAGAAGAAAAAAGCAGGCGAGGAGAAGGCCAAAAAAGAAUUGAAGGUUGGGGGCAAGGCUCUGGCAAAGAAAGAGCUGAAGGCUCUUUACCAAGGAACGGGCCUAGAUCCCGAUGUGGCGACGAGAAGGAAAGUGGUAAAGAAAGUGAAAAGGAGGUUGAAAAAAGCGAGGCCCUCGUCCAGUUCGAGCAGCAGCGGGUCGUCUACAAGCUCAGCCCAAGGGUUGGAGGACGAGAUCUUGGAAGACAGGUCCAAGAUCCAACGUAUAGCAGUGGCUGGGCCAGGGAUUCUGGCCGCGGCAGCGGUACAGAAUAUGAAACAGUUUGUGAUGCAGAGCGGUGGUUCAACGUGGGCCAUCGACGAGGACAGUCUGCCCCCUGUGAUGGGGCAAUAUGCCCGGCAGCACCUAGCUCACAGGACUUCAGGCGGCAUCCUGCGGGAGGUCAUGUCGUUGAGUUUUGUGGGGGACCUCCUCUUGCAAGGACGCGCAGCGGAAGCUCUCGAUGGAGUAGCCCAGCGAUUAAAAGGGCUGGAGCUCCUGAUCAGCGGGCAGCCGUGGGCUACGGCCCAACGUGUGGAGAUUACACCCCCACUGGAAGCAGCUAUCUCCAGCCGUGCGGAGAUCCAAGUUGCGAUGCGGGAAUCGAGAAGAAACAGGAAGAAAGAAAGGGAGACUCUCUCCUGCGGAAAAGUCCCGGAAGAUGCCAAAGAGGAGAAGAAGAAGGGAUUGGGCUCAGACUAUGACGCAUGGUCGCCUCGAAGAAAAAAGGAAGCCUUCGCCGAUGGGAAGAGUGACUCUGGUGGAGUUGGAAAGUCCCUAGUGUUGGCUCUGAAUUCUUUGAAUGGUGAGGGACUUGUGGCUAGUGGUGCACCUUCUCGUUUUCAACAAAGGAUCCUUGCUAAUUUGCUGAUUGAUUGUCGCAGAGUGGCGGCGUGGAACGAGCGGUCUCCUCCUGUCACGUGGGAGGAGUUCUUUAAAGUUAGAGGGAUCGACUAUAGAGGAGAGGAAGUGCUAACUGCUCAGCCCAUUAGGGAAGAAUACACUCUGUUGGGCGUGCCCAGGCACCCAAAGAAAGCGGUUGCAUCGCAGCUGCAAGCUGAGGUACAAGGUGCUUAUUUUGAUGGCGAAGAGGGUUUGGCUUUCCCUAAGCCUGAGAAAGUCAUGCGCUAUGCCUUGCUUACCGCUCGUCUUUUGGAGUCACAGGAGUGCACCCAAAAGCAAGCCCAAGUCGUGGGAGGAGGAGGUGUGACAGCAUCCUCCCGUGUAACACCGGCUGGAAGCAUUGCUGCCCAGUGCAGCAUUCGAGGAGACGUCGUGGAGCCGAUUGAUAUAACUCAGGUCCUCACCGUAGGACUCUUUGACGGAAUUGCCGCAGUGCGGGUUGCCGCCGACACCCUGGGAUGGAAUGUCGUGGGGCAUGUAGGGGUGGAGAAAGAUGAUCGUGCGGCCCGGGUCGUGGAGUCUCGUUUUCCAAACACAAUCAGGGUGAAGGACAUUGCCGAUGUGGACGAAGCUAUGGUUCAAGAGUGGGCCUUGAGAUUUUCACAAGCUGGGUUGAUCCUCAUAGGCGCGGGUCCCCCGUGCCAGGGGGUGAGUGGCUUGAAUGCUUCUCGAAAAGGGGCAAUGAAGGAUGCUCGUAGCUGCCUGUUUGUGCACGUCCCAAGGAUCAGAGAACUGGUGAAAAAGGCCUUCCCGUGGGCACAAGUGCGCACGCUCAUGGAAUCGGUAGGGUCAAUGGAUGUGUCUGAUCGGGAUGUUAUGUCUCAAAGCUUUGGUGAGGACCCGUGGGCAAUUGACGCACUAGGAGUUUCCCUCGCUAGGCGGCCUCGUCUCUAUUGGAUGGACUGGGAGUUAGCUGGUAGUGAAGGAGCCUUGCUCAGUCGACUCUCUCAACCCCGUGCAGUUCAGCUGGAGGCGCACAUUAGAGAGGAGGAGUUUUUGCUUCCAGGGUGGAGGAAAGCUUCAGACCUGCCUUUUCCCACAUUUACAACUUCGCGCCCCAGGGCUAGCCCUGGGUAUAAGCCCGCGGGUUUACAUCAGUGUUCUGACGCCGAUAAGGCAAGGUGGGUAACUGACAAGUUUCGGUUCCCGCCGUAUCAAUACCGGGCGGAACAUUGUGUGUGUAACAGGGCAGGUACACUCCGUGUGCCGUCUGUGGAGGAACGGGAGGUGAUCAUGGGGUUCCCCAGAAACUACACCAUGAUGUGUUUGGCGAAACAACAACAAGGGAGCGAAGCUCACACUGAUUGCAGACUGACCCUUUUGGGCAACUCGUGGAAUGUCACGGUUGUCUCUUGGAUUUUAAGUCAGCUAGGUACCUUGUUGGGGCUCAAUCCUCCGCUGUCCAUGCAACAAAUCUUCGAUCGUACCUCUCCGGGGUGUACGACAGAUUUUCAAACUUUUCUACAGCGGCCGUUAAUGAAACCCCAGCGAAAAAUUCAAGGUUCGGGAAAUGAAGAACGGUUGGUCAGUAAAUUGCUGACCAUGGUAAGUUUUAAAGGUGAAGAUCUUCUGUUGCAAUCUUCUUCGGAAGAUCAAGUCAAAUAUCAUCGCCUGAGGGCGAGCAUCCCUUCUGGUUUGUGGGCCUGGAAAACCAUCACAGGAUGGAAAUGGCGCGACUCAAAUGAGCACAUUAAUGUGCUGGAGAUGCGCGCCGUGCUCACUGCAAUGCGCUGGAGAAUUGAGAAACAGCAAGUUACUCGCUCCAAGUUUGUACACCUGCUGGACUCGAUGGUAUGUCUCCAUGCCCUCAGCAGGGGUAGGUCCAGUAGCCGAAAAUUGAAAAGGUCUCUGUUACGCAUCAACUCCCUGCUUCUUGCCACCAAUUGUCAUGUGGUGUGGGCCUACGUUCACACCAAAGACAAUCCUGCGGAUGCUCCAAGUCGGCAUCCCAGGAAAAGAAAAUGGUCCCAUGCCGAAAAGGCAUCUUGA